AUGUCUUUCGCCUGGACGCUCGUAGUGGCGCUCAGCGUGCCUCAGCAGCCGAACGCGGCGCUGCCUCUCGCUGGCAAGCGCAUCGCCUUCACGUCUCCACGCGCGGUCGCCGCUCCGUUCUCGGCCGAGCUCAUCUCCGCCGGCGCGAGGCCGGUCUGGUGGCCGCUGGUUGAAGCGGUCCCGCUGCCGGAGUCAGAACUCGGCCCGCUUGACGACCUCAUCAUGCGCAUGCCAGAGUCCUGCGCCGUCGCGCUGCUCUCACGCCACGCGGCCGACGCGUUUGUCGAGCGCGGCAAGGAGGCCGAAGAGGAGGCGCUUGUUGCGGCGCUCCUCGCUGCGGGCGCGGACGCGGAUGCGGUCGACGCGUGUGCGAUCAGGCCGCUCCUCGCCUCCGGCCACGAGCUCUCGCUGCUGCGGGAAGGCGGUCUGGACGCAGUGUGUGUCGGGUCUGCCGAGGAGGCGAACGCGCUCGCUGCGGCGCUGGAGGCGGCAGAGGGCGCUAGCGACGAGUGA